AUGACACAACCGAACAAUCGUCCAAGAGCGCUUGCUUUCCUGCGUGGAAGGCGCAUCCUUUACCAGCUUGAGCACCCCUUGCUCCAUCUCGGGAGGGCGCGGAGCUGCGACAUCACAAUCCGCUGUGGCGGGAUAUCUCGUUUUCACGCCGCCUUCGACUUGACGGGUCUACACCUGCUCGGCGAUGGUAGGCAGCAUAAGGCAUGUGUUAUCUGCCAUGAAGGAGAAGGCCCUGCAUCUAACCACGAUCUUUCUAAUGGAAACGGCUGCAGGAAGGCGUUUGUUAAGGAUUUGGCGUCGUUGAACGGAACAUGGCUUAAUAACCGUCGGCUAGAGCCUCAUGUGUGGCAUCCGCUAGAAAGUGGCGAUACCCUUAUGUUUGCAUCAGCAGACGAAGCACAUCUGGUUUUUGAAUUGCCAGCGUUUCCGGGGAGUCCGUCUGUUUCACGUCCUUUGAAAGAAGUAAAGAGCAAAGACCCGGAAAAAGAAUCGCAUUCACCAUCCAAGGAGCCUCCCCCUCCCGCCAAGCUCUUGCCAACAAAAGAUUAUUCGUGCCACCGCAAUACUCCUCAGGCUAACAAACGCAGCAGUGACCAGCGAGCGAAUUCGCGUGACUCUGAUAAAGCCCACCGGAGACUUGCGGACGCCGGCAAUGUCAUAGGAGCUGCUGAAGGGAAAAAAGCAGCCCCUGCGGAGAAAAUCGUUCAAAGUAACUCACCGACCACGUGA